ACCUCAUCCCUAACGGACUAAAGCAGCGGUGGUGACGGCCUCUCCGUACUUCUCCCAUUCGGACCACCUCUCGACUCCCAGAGCUAUGGCGGCUACCGUAUCCGCCACCCGCUUCACCGCCGUAGCCGCCGGUGCUCUCCGGGGACUGCGGUGGCGGUGCUCCCCUCCGGAUCAUCACGCCUUGCUAUUCUCCAAGAGGCCCGGAGCCGUCUCACUCAAUCACCGGCGCCGCUUCGUCGCCCCGUCCGCCCUCCACAAGGCCGACAUCCAGGCCAAGGACGAGGGCCAGCCGGAGACCCUCGACUACCGGGUCUUCUUCCUCGACGGCUCCGGCAAGAAGAUCUCGCCGUGGCACGAUGUGCCCUUGCACUUGGGCGACGGGGUCUUCAACUUCGUGGUGGAGAUCCCCAAGGAGACGAGUGCGAAGAUGGAGGUGGCCACCGACGAGCCGUACACGCCUAUAAAGCAGGACACCAAGAAAGGGAAGCUUCGAUACUACCCGUACAACAUAAACUGGAACUAUGGAUUACUUCCACAGACGUGGGAAGACCCAUCUUUUGCUAAUGCAGAAGUCGAAGGGGCUUUGGGAGAUAAUGAUCCAGUUGAUGUUGUUGAGAUAGGUGAAAGACAGGCUAAGAUUGGUGAGAUUCUCAAGGUGAAGCCCUUGGCUGCUUUAGCUAUGAUUGACGAAGGGGAACUUGACUGGAAGAUUGUUGCUAUUUCAUUGGAUGAUCCUCGAGCUUCACUUGUAAAUGAUGCUGAUGAUGUCGAGAAACAUUUCCCGGGAACUCUUACUGCUAUAAGAGACUGGUUCAGAGACUACAAGAUACCGGAUGGAAAGCCUGCUAAUAGAUUUGGUCUUGGCAACAAAGCUGCAAACAAGGAUUAUGCUUUGAAGGUUAUUACCGAGACAAAUGAGUCAUGGGCUAAAUUGAUGAAAAGAUCGGUUGCUGCUGGAGAACUGUCACUGGUAUGAUUGCCCAAAUGAAGAAGCCAGGAGGCUAUUUUUUCUAUGUUUUCCAAGAGUUUAAAUGUGCUAUUGCAGAUUUUUAUUUAAACUGAACCAAAACAUGGAAUAAUUAUAGAGUGAAUUGCAUUCCUUGGGGACAAACUUCUCCGGUUCGACAAAUAUAUGGUGUUCAUCUUUUCUUGA